GAGCCUGCCUGAACAAGUAGAAACAUGUCCAGCACAUCCGACGGAUCAGGUUGUCUACAGUUUAAGUUAUAAUAACCAUAUUUGUUUACCAUGUUGCAGAACACGUUGUGCGGGGAACGACAUGAUGAAAGUUAAUUCGACAUAAUUUAAAAACAAGUUUAUUGGAUAAAAAUGCUUAGACGUACUGUUUCGUGACUUCUGAAUAACUCCAUACCUCACUCAGCAUUUAUAGUUAUUUCAGACUCAUACCAUCGUUGGAAUGUAAGUGCCAUAUUUUACGCUUUACAUGUCUGAUAAAAUGAACUCAAGUAAAGUGAUGAAGGACGGAUACCUGGAGAAAAGGAGCAACGGACUGCUUCAGCUUUGGAAGAAAAAGCGUUGUCUCAUGACAGAAGACGGACUGCACUUAUUUGACUACAAGCGCAAGGACAGGAACGCUGGACCGGGAUUGAAGGAGAAAAAUAUACUCUUUGAACACAUGGAAACGGUGGACUGCGUGGAACACAAACGCGGUCUUGUGUACUUCACUAUCGUGAUGUGUGGAGGCAAGGAGAUCGAUUUCAGGUGUCAGCAAGAAGGUACCGCCUGGAAUGCUGAGAUAGCCCUGGCGUUGGUGCGCUUCAAAAACCGCGUCGCUGUUCAAACGGGGAGGAACCGGUAUCUGUCACAACAGAGCAGUAGCGAGGAGGAUUUCAUAAGCUCCGAAUAAGGAUGAACGUUAUCCAAAAGAUAGACCCAGACUCAAUUGAUGUGACCACUCAAACCCACGGAUUCUCCCACAACAGAUCUGGGAUGUGGUCCAGACAUGCAUAAGGGAUCCAGACAAAAGUGGAGUUAGAGGAUGGACAAAGGAAACUAAUAAAAGCUGGAGAGAUUAUUCUUUUUUUUUGUACAGGUUUACUUAAAAAGAAACUAAAGGAUAAAUUAUGGUUGCCAAGCUCCCUUCGCACUCUCAUUGAAAAUGAACAGUGAACAACCAGUGGUUUGUCACUUUAUUUUAUCCUGAAGUGCAUUUAUGUUAUUUCAAGACAAGCUUUAUAUGGAUAGGAAAAUUGCACAUAUGUCUUCCGUUAAAAUAGUGUUACACAUUUUGUGUGUGUGUUGUUUUUUUAAGAAUAUUUGUUAUUGAUGAAGUAAUCAAUGGAUUUUGGUAGCAUUAUGCUUCUAUGUAAUGAAGGUAUGUACUCUGAUUCAUUUACUCAAGCUGUGGAAACGCUGGUGCUGCUUUUUAUGUUUUGACCGUACAUUUUUAGGAGUUACAAGCUUGUCUCUGAAUAUUGUCAAAGAACCACAAAGUCACUCUCACAGAGAGAAGACUCAUACUUGGACUGAAAUGUUUGGACUGAAAUGCUGUGCAUGGUUCACAUAGCGAGUGAUAAAUGUCCUUGGUUGGAAAUUCUGGCAAAAAAUGUCCUCCAUGCUCUUUUGUGCUGUUCCAUAAAUACUUACAUAAAUAUUUUCAGAAGGAAAAAAAAACAUGUCCUGCCAACUAUUACUGUAUGAGCAUAAAUAGUAUUCCUUGUGUGUUGUAUUCAGUGUGCUAUAUUGGAUGGCUGUGCGACCUAAUACAUUCAUACAAGCAAAAAGUAGUAUU